CACUGAAAGGAGGAGGAAAAAAAUCGGAUCAAGCUUUUCCGGUCUGCUAGUCCUAAUUUCCCCUCAAGACCUCUGGCGCUGGAGCUGAAGGGACGCACAGAUCCAGAGAGAGAGUGAGCGACAUCCUUGGCAAGGAGCAGCAAGGAGGAACUGGUGAAAUUAAGGUUUUUCCAAACGGGUGUCUGGGUAAGGUGAACGCAUCCUGUGCGCGAGAAGAGGAGCGUGAGAAGAGCAGAAUGCUUCGGCGGAUGGGAGCGCACCCGAGGCUCGUCGCGGUCGCUCCGUGCUCUCCCAUUCGCGCGUCUCUUCGUCUCUUCGUCUCCGUGAAGCCGCCACAUAGCGGACGCCGCUGCUAGUCCUCCUCUCCGCUGCUCCUGCUUCAGCCAGCUCCGGGUAUCUGCCCGACUGGUCAUUACAUAACGCGGCGUCUUUGUCGCCAGUUCUGACUUGCGGAGUGGGGAAAACUACGUCCUGUUUACCGAACCAGCAAAAGCAGCGAGCAGGCGACGACUCGGUCCAAGCAGGAUUUAAAGCCGGACCGUGCUGCAUUCUGCUGUCGUGGACUGGACUGAAGGACUAGCAGGGUGGAAACCUGAAUCUAGCGGUGAUGAGAACUCACCCCGAGUGGAUUUCACUGGUGUGUUGCCAGAAGCAUCUGGAAAGGAUAACACAGGAAUACACUCCAGAGUACCAGAGGAUAAUUCACAUCUCAGACUUUUCAGUGUUUGAGCUCUGCAGCUGCUGACUGAUGUCUUUUUGAUUGUGUUUUAUUGGGAAAUUGUUGUAGUCACUCUUGCUGAUACAAUUCAUAACCUGGCAGCAGUGGCUUGGACAUGUUGGAUAACCCUAGUCCUUGAUGCAUUCAGUAGGUGACUGAGGGAUAAGCAUCCUAUCGAGAAAUCACAGCAGAUCAGUAAUCCGGCCAAGUUUACUCGUAGCUAUGCAGUGAAGAUGUGUGCAGCCAGGUUCAGUGGCUGCCUCAAUGGCUGUGCUGAGGAGGCCCCCGGAGGUGCUGCGGGGGCUGUUGGUUCAGUUGUGGCCUCCAGGAUGCUGGACUGGUCAGAGGCAGGUCCCCGCAUCCUCCACAGCUUGGAAAUAGGCACAGUGAUGAACCUCUUCUACCAGAAAAAGUCCCAGCGCCCUGAGAGGAGAACGUUCCAGAUAAGGCAGGAUACGAGGCAGAUAGUGUGGAGCAGAAACCCUGACAAAAUGGAGGGAGAGAUCGACAUCCGGGAGAUCCGGGAGCUGCGGUUGGGGAAGGGCUCCCGUGAUUUUGAACGCUACCCAGAUGAGGCUCGUAAGCUGGACGCCACCCACUGCUUCAUAAUGCUGUACGGCCUGGAGUUUCGCCUCCGGACCCUCAGUGUAGCUGCCUUCAGUGAGGAAGAAGUCAACAUGUGGAUCACUGGACUCAACUGGCUGAUGAUUGACACUCAGAGGGCACCGGCACCACAGCAGACUGACAGGUGGCUGAGGAAACAGUUUGAAGUCAUGGACAGGAGCCACGAGGGCAGCAUUACAGUGAAGGACGUGAAAGCUCUGCUGCCUCAGAUCAACUACAGAGUGCCCAACAUGCGCUUUCUCAAAGACAAGCUACAGGAGGUGGAAGCAAGGAGUGAACUGUCGUACCCCAACUUUGCACAGCUCUACAGAACACUGAUGUUUGAUGCACAGAAGAAUAUUAUUGAGCAGCUGGAGCUCUCCUUCCCUCUGCGAAAUGUUGACAGAGCAGAGCUUUGUCAGAUCUCCCUCUACGACUUCCAGAAGUUUUUACAGAUGGACCAGAAGGAGUCCUGGGCGUCAGAUCUGAGUCGUGUCAGGGAGUUUCUUAUGGGUUACAUGAGGGGGGUACCACAGCCUGAGCCGAUGCUACAACUGGAUGAGUUUCUGACCUUCCUGUUCUCUAAAGAGAAUUCUGUGUGUGACCCUCGACUUUCACCCGUUGUUCCUGAUGACAUGAAAAGGCCACUGUCUCAGUACUGGAUCUCAUCUUCGCACAACACCUACCUGACAGGUGACCAGUUUUCCAGUGAAUCAUCUCUAGAAGCCUACGCUCGUUGUCUGAGGAUGGGCUGCCGCUGCAUUGAACUGGACUGCUGGGAUGGACCUGAUGACCUGCCAAUCAUCUACCACGGCCACACCUUAACCUCCAAGAUCAAAUUCCUGGAUGUGCUGCACACCAUCAAAGAACAUGCGUUUGUUACAUCUGAGUAUCCUGUGAUCUUAUCCAUCGAGGACCACUGCAGUGUGGUCCAACAGAGGAACAUGGCCACAUACUUCAAGAAGGUGUUUGGAGAUCUGCUGCUUACCAAACCGGUUGACAGCAAUGCAGAGGAGCUUCCUUCACCCUACCAGCUCCGCAGGAAGAUCCUCAUCAAACACAAGAAGCUGGUGGAAGGAACCGUGUAUGAAGAGGUGGCGUCAGCCAGCUACUCUGAAAACGACAUCAGCAACUCUCUGAAGAACGGCAUCCUUUACCUCGAAGACCCCAUUGACCAUACAUGGACACCACACUAUUUUGUCCUGACCAGUAAUAAGAUUUACUACUCAGAGGAGACAUCUCACUAUCAGACAGCUGAUGAAGAGGAGGAUGAUGAAGGAAAGGAGGAGUGUAACAACAAUGAGCAGCACUGUGCAGAGCGCUGGUUCCAUGGGAAGCUGGGUGGAGGACGCGAUGGUCGCCAGGUGGCUGAGAAACUCCUGCAGGAGUACUGCGAGGGUGGGGCUAAAGACGGCACCUUCCUGGUCCGGGAGAGUGAGACUUUUGUUGGAGACUACACCCUCUCCUUCUGGCGCUCUGGUCGGGUCCAGCACUGCAGGAUCCAUUCACGUCAGGAGUCCGGUUCCACCCGCUUCUACCUGACUGAUAACCUGGUGUUUGACAGCCUCUACCGGCUCAUCUGCCACUACAGAGACACACCGCUUCGCUGCAACGAGUUUGAGAUGAGACUGGGAAACCCUGUACCUCAGCCAAACGCCCACGAAAGCAGAGAGUGGUACCAUUCCAACCUGUCCCGUGUUCAGGCUGAACACAUGCUGAUGCGUGUGCCCAGAGACGGCGCUUUCCUGGUUCGAAAACGUAGCGAGCACAACUCCUACGCCAUCUCCUUCAGGGCAGAGGGUAAAAUCAAACACUGCCGUAUUCAGCAAGAAGGCCGUCUCUUCAUGUUGGGUAGUUCGGCAGAGUUUGAGAGUCUGGUGGAUCUGGUGAGUUACUAUGAGAAACAUCCUCUUUAUCGCAAGAUGAGACUCCGCUACCCCAUCAAUGAAGAUACUCUGGACCGGAUGGGAACCACGGAGCUUGACUAUGGAGCGCUGUACGAGGUUCGGACUCCUCAUUUCUAUGUGGAGGCCAAUAAGAUGCCCACAGCACGGUGUACGGUCAAAGCUCUGUACGACUAUCGAGCUCAGAGAGAGGACGAGCUGUGCUUCCCCAAGCAGGCACUCAUCCUAAAUGUGGACAAGCAGGAGGGCGGUUGGUGGCGAGGUGACUACGGAGGAAAGAAGCAGCUGUGGUUCCCUGCAAACUACGUGGAGGAGGUCCCUAGCUCCCCCACCAGAGAACUGGAUGAAGCAUCCACAGAGAGCAGUCCUCUGGGAACUUUCCUCAAGGGCUUCAUAGAUGUACCUACCUGCCACGUGGUGGUACAUAAAGACGGAAAGAACUCCCGGUCCUUUGUGUUCACGAUCCACUCCCAGCACCUCUCAUCUCACCCGGUUCAGACUCUGGACGUAGCAGCAGACAGCCUGGAGGAUCUCACCAGCUGGGUCAGCAAGAUCAGAGAGGCUGCACAGAAUGCUGAUGCACGAAUGCAGGAGGAGAAACAGAUGGAGAGAAGGAAGAAGAUUGCAGUAGAGCUGUCUGAUCUCGUGGUUUACUGCAGACCUGUCCCCUUCAACGAGGACAAGAUUGGGACGGAGCGAGCAUGUUACCGGGAUAUGUCGUCCUUCCCGGAGACGAAGGCAGAGAAGUUUGCGACUCGUGGCCGAGGGAAACGCUUUUUGCAGUACAACCGCCGUCAGCUUUCCAGGAUUUAUCCCAGAGGACAGAGGCUGGACUCAUCCAACUAUGACCCCCUACCAAUGUGGCUCUGUGGCUCCCAGCUGGUUGCACUCAAUUUCCAGACCCCAGAUAAACCCAUGCAGCUGAACCAAGCUUUGUUCAUGCUUGGAGGAGGCAGUGGCUACGUUCCCCAGCCUGACAUCAUGAGGGACGACGCUUUUGACCCUUUUGACAAGGAUACGUUGCACGUGGAGCCAAUCACCAUCCAGUUACAGGUGCUGGGAGCUCGCCAUCUUCCUAAAAAUGGCCGCAGCAUUGUCUGUCCCUUUGUAGAGGUGGAAAUCUGUGGAGCUGACUACGACAGCUGCAAGUGCAAAACAGACGUUGUAGCUGAUAACGGUCUGAAUCCUGUGUGGGUGCAGAAGCAGUUUGUGUUUGAUAUCCACAACCCCACCUUCACCUUUCUGCGCUUCACUGUCUAUGAAGAGGACAUGUUCAGUGAUCCUAACUUCCUGGCACAGGCAACCUACCCUGUCCGUCUGCUCAAAACAGGCUACAGGAGUGUACCUCUUAAAAAUAGCUACAGUGAGGAGCUCGAGCUGGCAUCACUUCUGGUUCACAUAGAGAUCGUCAAUGCAAAGGAGGAAGAUGAUGAGAACAUGUACACAUCCAUCCAGCGGUUGCGAGAUCGAACCAGUGAGCUGUCCAACCAAAUUUCUCUCCUGGAGAGGUCCGGCUCAGCGGACCUGAGCUACCAGCAAAGUCUGGAGGAGCUUCGAGCCGCUCAGGACCAGCUGAGUGAGCUGGUGGAGGCUCGCAACCGCAGGUUGAUGGAGAAGAAGAGAAGGGAGAAGCUGAGGCAGCAGGUGGCAGCAAAGCGCAGCUAA